AUGGCUCAACACCCUACGUACACGAUGGCUGCGUUGCUGGCAAGCGGCGGCGUCUUCGGCUACCUCAAGACCAAGAGCGUCCCAUCAUUGGUGGCAGGUUUGACGCUUGGUGCAGGCUUCGGCAUGGCUGGAUAUCUUCUACAGAAGGGCGAGAUGGUCAAUGGUCACGGCGUGGCUCUGCUUGCGUCCACGAUUACCAUGGGCAGCAUGGGGGCGCGUGCCAUACGCAGCAGGAAGCCGCUUCCGGUAACAGUUGCGUCUCUCGGGGCGCUAUCGGCUGCAUAUCACGCGCAGCGCUUCACGGAUUGGAUCGGUCAAGAGUAG